AUGGAACGAAUAACGUUAUAUGAAGAGUUUAGGCUCAUAGAGAGAAGUGAAACCGAAGUGUAUGGAAUCUGGAAAGGCGCUCAUUUACUUCUAUUCUUUCUUGCUUUCGUGUUCGGAUCAUUCUGCACAUUUUGUUUUCACAUGCUCAUGUAUUUGUUUGACGAGAAAUGCGUUUUGUUCCCUAAACUUUUGUCCUUGACGUCGCUUCGUCAGAAUAUUAUAUACGAAUUCAUACCAGAGGAUAAAGACAAAGCAAACAUGUUGCCUGUUGAUUUUGUGAGCACGCAAUGGGUCGAGAAAAGUGCCUGUUACCUACCAACGUACGUACCAUUGGUUUCGGGAAUUUUCGGCCUCGUCUGGACGACGAUGUUCCUGAUGUGUUCUGCUGGUAGCAGGGUUCUUACGGGCUUAGACAGACCGUGGCGAAUCCUACCCCCAAUAUUUGUGUUUUCAUUGGCAAUGGGCUCUCUAUGUCUUUACUCUUCUGUGAUAACGCACUAUGGCUUACACGAUCUCUGUAUGAAGUUGAGUGAGAUUACUGGAAGCACUACGUGCACAUAUACCGUGAACGUCGCAACCCUUGUAUAUGAGCGCCGUAUCCGGGGAGUCUACCAAGCUACCCGGUUAACAAUCCUCUCCGCCUGGCUUCACACGACUUGCUGGUUACUGUCAGCGUUGCUUGCACUCUUAAGAGUAUUACUAGGUAUCGAUUUCCAAUUGGUUCGUGUGAGGACACAACUGACUGGAAACAUUGAUAGAUUCUUAGAGCAAAAUGAAAUACACAUUCGUACGAUCUUCCCCGAUCCCAUGGAUAUGCAAUCCUUUUCAUCAUCAAAAAGCAGCGUGAAGGUACAUUUCCAAAAGGAGUAUUUCAAAAAUCGACCUAAAAAAUCUCCCUCUGACGAGGAAUUAGGUGAGGUACUCUAUCUAAAAGAUACGCCAGAACACAGUUCUGAUCUGGCUUUGGUGCCUGCUGAAGAGAGGAAGCUUCACGCCCACGCUCUUUACAAUAGCGUAUCCAAGGAACAUCAUUUCAUCGUUCAAAUCCUGUAUAAUAUGAUCUCUGACAUCACAGAAACAUCCCCGCUCCUCAGUGUUUCUAGCAGUGUGUCCUCGUUACAAUCGGACAGUAGCUUAUUGAAAAUUGUCCGCCAAUAUGGACAAGAGCAAAUAUCGUCAAAAGUUCUACCGAUGAGCGAAAAACGCAGAACGAACGCGGUGAUGAAUUUACGAGAAGCAGAAGAAAUCGCGUUAGAGAUAAAACGCAACUUGAAAAAACCAGGGAUAAAAGAAGACGCUAGCAAUGAUACGCCAGGCCCAAGUCAAGAAGGCAAGAUAAAGUCAAGUUUGAAAAGCACUGGAACCCAAACUCAGAAGAAGCGACAAGAUGCAUCUCAAAAAGUACAGAUUGAGUCGCGAACUAGUGUUAUAACGUCUGAAACCAAUACGACAUCUAGCGUAGAAAAGGAAACUCAAACAGCAAGGAAAGAAAAGCAAGAUUAG